AUGGCCGAGCCAGGGGAUGUAGAGGAAGAUCUUUUUGCUGAUCUGUACGACGCGGAUGAGAAUACGAACCAGACGUCUUCAGCUCUCAAGAUUUCCGACUCCACAGUGUCGUCCGCGCCUGUCCAGGCAACGACUUCUCCUGCGACACAAACUGUAGAGAAUUUCAAGUCAGAGCCAGAAGACGCUCAUACUGCGGAUCACUACGCGUAUUCGUAUGAAGGACAUCAAAGAAAUGGCUCUGGCAUGUAUGAUACGAAUCAUACUACCAAUGUUAUUGCCGCUCUCGCGACCGAACAAGAGCCUCAGGGCACCGGAAUCAAGGAAGAUGGGAAGAUGUUCAUCGGUGGUUUGAACUGGGAGACAACAGACCAGUCUCUGAAGGACUACUUCUCCCAGUUUGGUGAAGUCCAAGAGUGUACUGUCAUGCGGGACAGCGCUACUGGUCGCUCUAGGGGCUUCGGCUUCUUGACCUUCAAGGAUCCAAAGACUGUCAACACAGUGAUGGUCAAAGAGCACUACCUGGAUGGGAAAAUUAUUGACCCUAAGCGUGCAAUCCCCCGUGACGAACAGGAGAAGACGAGUAAGAUUUUUGUUGGUGGUGUGAGCCAAGAGGCAACGGAGCAGGAGUUCAAGGAGUUUUUUACGCAAUUCGGCCGUGUUAUUGAUGCUACCCUGAUGAUCGACAAGGACACCGGACGUCCUCGUGGGUUCGGCUUUGUGACGUUUGACAGUGAAGCUGCUGUCGAGGCUGCUCUGUCCCGCCCUUUGGCCAUAUGUGGGAAGCCGAUUGAAGUCAAGAAGGCUCAGCCAAGAGGCAAUUUACGCGACGAGGAAGAUCGCAGGAACCGGCGCGGCAGAGAUUUCCGCGAUGCAGGUCAUGGUGGCGUCGAUGGUUCUCAGCAGCCACAGGGAAUGCAAGGGCAGGCUGGUAUGCCUGCGGGUUUGACACCACAGAUGAUGGCACAGUAUUGGCAACGUAUGCAGCAAUAUUUCGCCUUGAUGCAGCAGCAGAUGGCGGUUGCCGCCGCUCAGGGGCAAGGAAUGGGAGCCAUGGGGAUGGGAGCAAUGAACCCGGCCAUGAUGCAGCAGAUGCAACAGAUGCAAAAAAUGCAGCAGAUGCAGAUGGCCAACAAUCAGCAGCAGCAACCGCAGCAGCCGGGCAGCUUGAGCCCUCCCUCGCAGAGCUCGACCCCGCAGAUGCAGAACAUGAUGAACCCUGCAAUGAUGCAACAGAUGCAAAACCAGGUUCAAGGUAACAACAUGGGAGCUAUGCAGGGCCAGAUGGGCAACAACGCUGGCAACAUGAACAUGGGCGCAAACUACUCGACCGCUCGGGGCGGACCGGGCUAUAAUGCUCACGAGCAGCUCGCUUUCGAGCAGCAGAAAUACGAGCAGCAGCAGCAGCAACAACGCCGGGUCAUGGAGUCCCGGGCAUUCUCGCCAUAUCAACAGGGCGGUCCGACGUCAUGGGAGGGCAUGUAUGACGAGGUCCCCCAGCCCAAUAUCCCCACUGGUCCUCAAGGCAUGAACCGAGCAGGCAGCAUUGGACGCGGAACAACACCACAGCCAACUCCGAGCGCCGCGCCUGCCAACGCCCCAACGGGCCCUAAAAAUGCUGGAAAGCCCGGUGCAAACUAUCGUGGCGGAGGUCGCGGAGGCCAUCGGGGGUUCCAUCCUUACUCUCGUGGAUAG